CUCGCAUAAAAACACGCGACAGCAACCACCACCCGCCCCAACCUCCAAUUCCAGUUGUCUUCCUCGCCCGGGCGCGGCCGUGCCAGCUCGGACCCCGUCCCCUCCGCUCCCUCCGAUCCCCAAUUUUAAACGCCCCCCUUCUUCUUCUUCUCUCUCCUGCGUCCCACUCGCCUCUCCCCCCCCCCCCCACCCCCCACGCCGCGAGCGAAUCCGGACGGCUCGCUGCCCCGGCUCCCCUCUCCUGCCCCGCGAUGGCGGCGUCCAUGGCGUCGCCGCGGGGGCGGUCGAUCCGGGAGACGGUGCUGGAGACCGUCGCGGCGUACCACAACCAGCAGCGGAUGAGGCGCAAGCUGCGCAAGAGCCUCACCUACGCCGGCGAGCUCUCCUCCGCGGGCCGGGCACGCGGGGACGGCGCGUCCUCGUCCGCCUCGGUAUCCUCGCUCUGCGGGCCCGAGGACGACGACGAGCCCUUCUGGGAGGAGGAGGAGGGCACCGUCGAGCUCGUCCAGCUCGGGGCCAACCGCGCCAAGAACGUCCUCAUCCUCAUGAGCGACACCGGCGGCGGCCACCGCGCCUCCGCGGAGGCCAUCAAGGACGCCUUCCGGAUCGAGUUCGGCGACGAGUACCGGGUCUUCGUCAAGGAUCUGUGCAAGGAUCACGCCGGCUGGCCGCUCAACAACAUGGAGAACUCAUACAAGUUCAUGGUGAAGCAUGUGCAGCUCUGGAAAGUGGCCUUCCACAGCACCUCGCCUAGAUGGGUCCAUUGCUUCUACCUCGCGGCUCUCGCCUCAUUCUAUGCCAAGAAGGUGGAGGCUGGACUGAAGAAGUACAAGCCAGACAUCAUAAUUAGUGUCCACCCCCUCAUGCAACACAUUCCUCUGUGGGUGCUCAAAUGGCAAGGCCUGCAAAACAGAGUAGUCUUUGUAACCGUUAUCACAGACCUCAACACUUGCCACCCUACAUGGUUCCAUGCCAAUGUGAAUAGAUGUUACUGCCCCUCAGAAGAAGUUGCCAAGAGGGCGGCAUUGGAUGACCUACAACCUUCUCAAAUCCGUGUGUUCGGUCUUCCAAUUCGACCAUCGUUUUGCCGUGCAGUUCUUGUUAAGGAUGAAUUGAGAAAGGAACUUGAAUUGGAUCCUGAGCUUCCUGCAGUGCUGCUCAUGGGAGGUGGAGAGGGCAUGGGUCCUGUCAAGAAGACUGCAAAAGCCCUUGGAGAAUCAUUGUUUGACAAAGAACAAGGAAAGCCAAUUGGGCAGCUUAUUGUCAUUUGUGGUCGGAACAAAACACUAAGCUCCUCCCUACAGGCACUUGAAUGGAAAAUACCAGUAAAGAUUAGAGGAUUUGAGACCCAAAUGGAGAAGUGGAUGGGUGCUUGUGAUUGUAUUAUAACAAAGGCUGGACCAGGUACAAUUGCUGAAGCCUUAAUAAGGGGUCUUCCUAUAAUCCUUAAUGAUUUCAUACCCGGACAGGAAGUUGGCAACGUCCCUUAUGUUGUGGACAAUGGUGCAGGCGUGUUCUCCAAAAGCCCCAAGGAAACUGCUAGUCUUGUUGCCCGUUGGUUUGGUCCAGACUCAGAGGAAUUGAAAAAGAUGUCAGAAAAUGCACUGAAAUUGGCUCAGCCGGAAGCUGUCUUUGACAUUGUCAGAGACAUACAUGAGCUCUCUCGGGAGCAAGGCGUGAUAUCACAGAUCUCUAGUUCCUUGACGUCAUCUUUCUUCAUAUCAUCACCUGAAACCACACCGCUCCAACUUAUCUGAAAUCUUCAAGAUGUGUAUAGCUAGAUCUGCAAUCUCUGACCUUGUGAACUUGGUAUUCUCCCCUGCAUGGAAAGGGAACUUCAGGGAGCCAGAUGGUGGUACUACGAUUCAUAACUUUUCAGUUCAUGCGCUCCCGUGGAUGGUAUGGGCGGGGCUGGUUUGACUAACAGGUUGUCGUGUAAUGUUGGCUUCAUGUUAAACUUUGCAGAAAUCAUUCAUUCAUAUCGUGUUUGCCCCCUUCAUCAUCGACUGGGGGAUUUGGUGGUGGUAGCUUGUAAAAUACACUCAAUUUUGCGCAUGGAAAAGUCAGAACCUUGUCAUGUGCUAACUCAUGUGAUCCGUUCAUGUAAGUGGAAGAUGUGUAUAAUAUGACAACAGAUUGUUUGGGUGGAAAUUUUGUUUGCGGAGAUA